UAUCUUUGCAAUUGGUCGCGUCAAACCGAUCAAGAAGGUUGUCCCGUUUUGAUUGGCACAAUAAAAAGUUAUAAAAUCGUUUACAAUUUUUAAAACAUAUACAUUUCUGUUCUGACUGUUAGUCAGAGUAGACAAAAGUUUUGUGAACGGUUUUUUUGUUUAUCUAAAACAUUUAUUAAGAAUUUAUCAACAUAAUUUAUGUUGAUAAAACAGUAUUUUGUGACGUUAUUUUAACAACUUUCUCAAACGAAACAGUGCAACGAAAACAAAACAAAAAAUCAAAAUGAAAUCUUUUCUCCAAGUGGGACUGUUGUGUGUUUUUCAGUUUAUGCUAAUUUCAAAACCUCAAGCAAUUGAAGCUUUUGAAGUAAGGCAAUCCACUUCAAAUUCAUUGGAAAAAAAUCAGCAACGGACUGAUGAUUUACCAUCAUGUGAAAUUUUCUGCCGUGGAGACCUCCUCCAUACAGUUGAAAUGGCUCAUAUAUACAAGGAUUCAAAAACAUUCGUAGACAUGAAACUCAAACAACCACCAAAUGUUACAAUGGAAAUAUUUAAAAAAUUCAUGCAAAGUAAAAAUAAUGCACCCAAACCAGAAGAAAUCGAAGCUUUUGUUAACGAAAACUUCGAAGAAAAAGGCAAAGAAUUCGUUUCAUGGGUUCCAGAAGAUUGGAAAGAAAAUCCAAGAUUUUUAAAUAUGAUUCGCAAUGAAAAAUUGAGAAAAUGGGCCAACGAUUUGAAUGGAAUUUGGAAAAUUCUCGGACGUAAAAUGAUUCCCGAUGUUUAUGAACAUCCCGAAUUAUAUUCCAUAAUUCCUGUCAAUAAUCCAGUCAUUGUUCCCGGAGGUAGAUUUAUUGAAUUUUACUACUGGGAUUCCUAUUGGAUUAUGAGAGGAUUACUUUACUCACAAAUGCACAAUACCGUGCGUGGAAUGUUGUUGAAUUUCAUGUCAAUGAUUCAGCGAUUUGGUUUAAUCCCUAAUGGAGGACGUGUGUAUUAUUUAAAACGAUCCCAACCACCAUUGUUGCCAGCUAUGAUUAAAUCUUAUGUUGAAUUUACCAAAGAUGAACAAUUUGCUGUGGAUUCUAUCCCAAUUUUGGUAGCUGAAUUUGAAUUUUUCAUGAAUAACCAUGCAGUUGAGGUAAAUGGUCAUCAAUUGUUUGUUUAUCGUGAUUCAUCUACUGGUCCAAGACCAGAAUCUUAUCGAGAAGAUUACGAAAAUGCCAAGUUUUUCGAUACAGCAGAGAAGAAACAAGAUUUCUAUUCGGAAAUUGCAGCUGGCGCUGAAUCAGGAAUGGAUUUUACCAGUCGUUGGUUUAUAAAUAGCAUUAAUGGAACAAAUGAUGGUAAUCUGACGGAUAUUAAGACUCGAUCUAUUGUUGCAGUUGAAUUAAAUGCUAUAUUGUAUUGGAAUGCAAAGAUUAUUGCUGAAUUUUACUUGUUGGAUAAUAAUGGUGAAAAAUCUGCUGAAUAUGAGGGAAAAGCUGCUCGUAUUUUAGAGGCUAUUCAAGCAGUCCUUUGGAAUGAAGAAGCCGGCGUUUGGUUAGAUUACGAUUUAAUUAACAAAAAACCAAGAAACUACUUUGUACCAACAAAUCUAUCGCCAUUAUGGACAAAAGCAUACAACAGAGCAGAUAGUGAAAAGAUUUCAAAAUCUGUUAUCAAGUAUUUGAAAGAUUUAAAAAUUGAUAGUUAUCCUGGUGGAAUUCCAAAUACUUUGCAACAUUCUGGUGAACAAUGGGAUUGGCCAAAUGCUUGGCCAUUAAUGCAAUAUAUUGUUGUAGAAGGUUUAGCUAAUUUGCGAACAACAGAAGCUACAGAAAUGUCCAAAUUAUUUGGUUAUAAAUGGGUUCAAUCGAAUUAUCAAGCUUAUCUUUCAACAAAUGCUAUGCAUGAAAAGUAUGAUGCUUCAGUUUUUGGAGGAACUGGAGGUGGUGGUGAAUAUGAAACUCAAUUAGGAUUUGGUUGGAGUAAUGGAGUUAUUAUUGAGUUACUAGUUAAAUAUGGUGAUGAUAUCACACCAGCAAAUGGAGUUAGCAAAACAACAACUGUAAUGAGUCUAAUUAUGGUAACAUCGAUCGCAGUAAUUGUAUCAGUAUUUGGACGAUUUAUAUAGAGAAUCGGAAUUGAAAGAAAAGAAUAAUAAUUUUACCAAGGAAACAUUUAAAUUUAAUUUUUUUGGAGCAUGUGUUUUUAAUAUAAUUAAUAAUAUAUGUUUAUAUAUGUAUAAAUAA